AUGUGUUUGGCCAUCACAAAUGCAGGGCAUAAGGAAUCCAAUGACUUUCCUGGACCAACAACUACCAAUGACAACCCCGUCAAUGACAUUCCUGGACCGGCCAUGCCUACUACACCCAUGAUCGCUCCUUCAGCACUGGCCAUUGUCCCUGCAAAUGCUACCACUACUCCCAAUCCUGCAACCCUCUUGCCGGCUAUUCCAGCCCCUGGACCACCUGUGGCAUCUGAAUCUGCAGGUGCAGCUGCUGCCACUGUGGCCUCUGAAGACUCUGGACCUGGAGUACCUGAUGAUGUACCAGUGGUAGUGACAGCCCCAUCUUCUGGUCGUCAGGGCCGAGGAAGGAAGGCAGGGAUGCUGGCACCUGUAUCUAGUGGAUCAUAUCAACUUCAUGUGUUUUUGACUGUCCGGCAAGUCACAGACUCCUACCACAGUUACAUUGGCUCAGCUACUAUUGCCAUUGUCAUUGCAUAUCUCAAAUCUCAAGACUCACUCAAGGAUUCUGACGACAAUCGCACAGAAUUUGCCCAGUUCACACUCAACAAACUCCAAUUCUUAUACAAAAAAGCCAAUGGCAAUGACAAGUCUAAAUUCCAGGGCCUCUAUCAAGGUGCAUUCGCAGUCCAAACAUUUGGAGCAUACUUCACUGCAAUUAACGGCACUCACAAGGUCCUUGGGUUAGUGGACAAGUCAGGGGUCUCAUCUAAUCCUGCUAGGGGUCCUGCAUUCACUGCUUCUAAUUAG